AUGGCUCCCGCUGUUGGUAUUGAUUUGGGCACGACCUACUCUUGCGUGGGCGUGUUCCGUGAUGACCGCAUUGAGAUUAUUGCCAAUGACCAAGGAAACCGGACCACACCUUCCUUCGUCGCAUUCACCGACACUGAGCGUCUGAUUGGAGAUGCCGCCAAGAACCAGGUCGCCAUGAACCCCCACAACACCGUCUUCGACGCAAAGCGGUUGAUUGGCCGCAAGUUCCAGGACUCUGAGGUUCAGGCCGACAUGAAGCACUUCCCCUUCAAGAUCAUCGAGAAGGGUGGCAAGCCCAAUAUCGAGGUUGAGUUCAAGGGAGAGACCAAGACCUUCACCCCUGAGGAGAUUUCCUCCAUGGUCCUGACCAAGAUGCGCGAGACUGCUGAGGCCUACCUUGGCGGCACCGUCAACAACGCUGUCAUCACUGUUCCCGCCUACUUCAACGACUCUCAGCGUCAAGCCACCAAGGACGCCGGUCUCAUUGCUGGCCUGAACGUUCUGCGUAUCAUCAACGAGCCCACGGCUGCUGCCAUUGCCUACGGUCUUGACAAGAAGGUUGAGGGCGAGCGCAACGUCCUGAUCUUCGAUCUGGGUGGUGGUACCUUCGAUGUUUCUCUCCUUACCAUCGAGGAGGGUAUCUUCGAGGUCAAGUCUACAGCCGGUGACACUCACUUGGGUGGCGAGGACUUUGACAACCGUCUUGUCAACCACUUCGUUAACGAGUUCAAACGCAAGCAUAAAAAGGACUUGAGCACGAACGCUCGUGCUCUGCGUCGUCUCCGCACUGCUUGCGAGCGAGCCAAGCGCACUCUGUCGUCUUCCGCUCAGACCUCCAUCGAGAUCGACUCCCUGUUCGAGGGUAUCGACUUCUACACCUCCAUCACUCGUGCUCGUUUCGAGGAGCUCUGCCAGGACCUGUUCCGAUCUACUCUGCAGCCCGUUGACCGUGUCCUGACCGACGCCAAGAUCGACAAGUCUCAGGUCCACGAGAUUGUCCUGGUCGGAGGUUCCACCCGUAUCCCCCGUAUCCAGAAGCUGAUCACCGACUACUUCAACGGCAAGGAGCCCAACAAGUCCAUCAACCCCGAUGAGGCUGUUGCCUACGGUGCCGCUGUCCAGGCCGCCAUUCUGUCCGGUGACACCAGCUCCAAGUCCACCAACGAGAUUCUGCUGCUCGAUGUCGCGCCGCUCUCCAUUGGUAUCGAGACCGCUGGUGGCAUGAUGACCAAGCUCAUCCCCCGCAACACCACCAUUCCUACCAAGAAGUCCGAGGUCUUCUCAACCUUCUCCGACAACCAGCCCGGUGUGCUCAUUCAGGUCUACGAGGGUGAGCGUCAACGCACCAAGGACAACAACCUGCUCGGCAAGUUCGAGCUGACCGGCAUUCCUCCUGCGCCUCGUGGUGUUCCUCAAAUCGAGGUCACCUUCGAUGUUGACGCCAACGGUAUCAUCAACGUUUCUGCGCUCGAGAAGGGUACUGGAAAGACCAACAAGAUCGUCAUUACGAAUGACAAGGGUCGUCUCUCCAAGGAGGAUAUUGAGCGUAUGCUUGCUGAGGCCGAGAAGUUCAAGGAUGAGGACGAGGCUGAGGCUCGCCGUGUCUCCGCCAAGAACGGCCUCGAGUCAUACGCCUACUCUCUGCGCAACACCCUGAACGACUCCAAGGUCGACGAGAAGCUCGAUGCCGCUGACAAGGAGAAGCUCAAGACCGAGAUCGACAAGGUCGUCAACUGGCUCGACGAGAACCAGCAGGCUGCUCGCGAGGAGUACGAGGACCAACAGAAGGAGCUCGAGGGCGUUGCCAACCCCAUCAUGAUGAAGUUCUACGGUGCUGGCGGUGCUCCUGGCGGCCCUGGUGGCGCUCCCGGCGGUUUCCCCGGUGCUCCCGGCGGAGCCCCCGGCGCCGGUGGCGAUGACGGCCCUACUGUCGAGGAGGUCGACUAA